UUUUCCCGGAAUUCCCAGAGCACCAGGAGCGGCUGCUGAGCUCGGAGCUGGAGGCGCUGCCGGCGCUGCUGCUCCCGCUCGCCGGCCACGAGGAAUUGUCCCCGCGAGAGACGGAGCAGCUUCCCGUGGAUUUGCAGUUCCUGCCCCCGGAGCAUCGCCGCGAGGAGGACCCGGAGAUCCGGAAAAUGAUCCUGGAGACGCUGAUGUUGCUCUCGGCCACCAAAUCGGGGCGGUCCCACCUGAGGUCCAACGGUUCCUACCUGGUUCUCCGCGAGCUCCACCAGCAGGAGAAGAACCCCGAGGUCCUCAGCGCCUGCCAGAAGCUCAUCGAGGUGUUGAUCGCGGACGAGCCCGAGGUGGGAAUGGAGAACCUCCUGGAGGUGACAAUUCCAGAGGAGCUGCAGAGGAGGUUCCAGCAGGAGGAUGAGGAGGAGGAAGAGCGGAGGAGGAAGCAACGGGAAGAGGAGGAGACGUCGAGGUGACGUCGGAACGGCGCCGGAGGAGACCCUGGGGCCACCAAGGGCCACCACGGGGACAAUGGGGUGGUCCUGAAGGUCCUUCAUGGGGACAAUGGGGUUGGGGACCAUGGGGCCACCAAAAGCCA